CUUGCAAACCUCCCCCCCCAAAUUUCGUCCGAUCAUUCAUUCACUCACUCACUCCCUUUGCUGCCCUUGCCUUUCCGUCAGAAGAAUUUUGGCACGGAGCUUUUUUUUUUUUUUUUUUUUGCUACCGUACUGCUUGUCGUUGACUGGCAUUACGAGAACUCCCACUGAAAUUUAUCGGGAUUUUGAGAGAUCCGUUUACCGACAUGAUGACAUCUGCAGCUCCAACCCCAGCGGUCCACGGCCCCGCCCCGCCCAACUACUCCCACCACCGCCCGGCGGCCACCACUACUACUUCUACACAACACUCGAACAGACGAAAUCGCCCUCGUAACACGAACUGUCGAAGAAAUAGAUUAUCCACUCCGGUUAUACCAUCCCUACAAUCUUCUACAUAUUCCUCCGCAGAGUCCAUUGCCCGGAGGAUACAAAGAACCCCUUCAGCCGUCGCAAAAAAGUUAUUCGCUUCGGCCGUAUCUUCGCCCUCAACCUUUUGCUCCCGGAGGAGUCCACCUCAACCACCCGCUUCGCCCCCAAUGCCUACAGGAAUGGGGAGGGCAAUUGGUGGAGGAAAUUCAGGCAUUCCUUCACAUCAUGUUAAAAAUUCGUCCGCUCCUGUUCGUCCUACGUCCGCAAUAUUAACACCACGAGAUUGCGAGGGCGGGCAUAGCAGCGGUUUGCGGGAUGCUAAUGGGGAUAUUGCACCCCUGACGUCAGAGAAGCCUCAGGCUUCCACGAGUGGAGGAGUAGUUACUAUGACGAUACAGCUGGCAGAGCCGAUGCUAUUUCUGCAAGGGUUUGACCAAAGCGACCAUUCCAAUAGGGCACCAGCGAUGUUACGUGGGAGUUUGUUACUGAGAAUUUCGAAGCCAACAAAAAUAAAGGCGGUCAGUCUUACUUUCCGGGGAAGGGCUAGAACCGAAUGGCCUGAAGGUAUACCGCCUAAAAAGUCCGAAUAUUUUGAGGAGAAGGAGAUUAUGCAACACACUUGGCCGUUUUUCAACGCACAAUUCGCAACAGCAGAAUUGGGACAUGGCGCGGACUCGUGUCGGCUCUACAAAAGCUCUUCGGAUUGCACCUCAUCUAUCACUUCUGCGAUAGGGCAUCUGGCACGAUCGGCCUCCCCUAUCGGGAUCUCACCAGCUCUGGGCAGCUGUUCUACUGACCGUAGGCUUUCUUUACAGCUCACACAAUCUAGGAGUUUUAGCAAAGGGGAGUUGCCGAAUGAGGUAUCAGUUGCUCAACGUGGCUACCGAAUCUUCCAACCCGGUGACUACGUUUACAACUUUGAGCUGCCUAUUGAGAGCUGCCUGCCGGAGACUAUUGACGUCGAUCUUGGGGCUGUCAAGUAUGAAUUGGAAGGCACAAUAGUGAGACCCGGCGCUUUCCGGCCAAAUUUGGUUGGGAAGAGGGACGUAAUCUUGAUCCGAUGUCCUGCGGAGACGAGCCUAGAAUGUUCAGAGCCUAUCGCCAUUAGCCGGACUUGGGAGGAUCAGUUGCACUACGAUAUUGUCAUAUCCGGGAAAUCGUUUCCGUUGGGUUCAACGAUACCGAUAGCAUUUAAGCUUACGCCCUUAGCGAAAGUGCAGUGUCACCGGAUAAAAAUCUUUAUCACGGAGAAUAUUGGGUACUCUUGCAGGAACAAGAAGUCUAAUAGACUGGACCCCACGCGGAAGGUUCAAUUGUUUGAGAAGAGGGCCGACGGACCAUCGAUCUCUACUUUCGCUGGAUCUUCUGCGCGAAUACUUGCUGGGGGGGGGUUUAAUGGGGAGCAGGUUGCUGGCGGCAGGAAUCUGGACGGAGGCAAUGGGUCGGAUAAUUUGCUCGGGGAUCUUACUGGGAAAGACAAUAUUGGGCCGACAGAGAUGGAGCUUGCAGUACAGUUGCCCGGUUGCAAUGCGAAGGAAAAGGAUCGGAUACACUUUGAUACUACGUAUCAGAAUAUUCAAAUUGUGAUGCGACUGAGCAAAGCUGAUCCCAACGAGCCUGGGAAGCGACGCCAUUUCGAGAUCUCCAUCGACUCUCCAUUACAUAUUCUGUCAUGCCGCGCAGCAGGCGCAAACACAGCUCUUCCGGCGUACAAUAGCCCCAACCCUGGGAUUGCAUCUUCCGGCACCCAGUGCUCGUGCCCUUCACUGACCCGAAAGAAUUCGCCGAGGGGCGGAACACCGACGCUGAACGUGGAUACGCAAGUAGGACACUUAUCUUCGGGUCAACCCGAACCCCCAAAUGAGGCGGCUAGGCCACUCCAUCUCAUUCGUUACCCAUCGCACAAUCCUCCUCCUUUUGACUAUGAUGUAGCUCCCCCGCCUCUUAUCACUCCUCCACCGAAGUACGAGUUAGCAGAUUACUUCCAGCGUCUAAAAGACGAGACAGCUAGGGAUGACGACAUAGAUGAUGAGCACGUGAACGGCGAUAGUAGGCGGUUGCUGCCGCCUCUGACACCGGGUGGUCGGAUUGCUAGGAGCAUGGAUGAGAGGCGGACAUGGGAGCCCCUUGGAAUAUCUAACCAAGCGCAAUAGACAGACUUCCCACCCAAUUACAACCUUUUCCCUAUUUCAUUCGUUAUUUCCCUUACUCCUCUCUCCUGGCCGUUCCCCUGCUCUUCUCGCGGUGUUUAUAUUUUCCUGACACCUUUUGAAUAUUAGUACAAAGAGGAGGGAUUCUGUUACUCCCUAAACCUUGGCUCCUAUCAUGGGGCCUUUUUUUUUCCUUUCUGUUUCUGGGCGUUCUUUUCACUACGAAUUGGGUGUAUUCAUAUUCCAUCUUCUCCGAUUUGUUUAUUUUAAUUUUAUUUUUCAGUUUACCGGCUUUUGGGGGACCAUUCUCAAAACAAAAAUCGUACGAAGUUUAUGAAUUUCUCUCUCUUCUUCCUUCAUCUUUUUUAGUUUUAUUUACCCAUUCCUUUUGCUUAUUUUUUGACCAUCUCUAUUUUUCCUUUUCCUUUCUUUCCUUUAAAGCACAAUGGGAGGUUUUUUUUUUUUGCUAUUUCAUCUCACAUCGUACUUGGACGUCAUCGAUUAUAUAGGGUUUUUAGGUGGGGUUCUUGUUUAUUUGGGGUUUUUAUGUUUGCAUGGGGGUGGGUUCGAGUUGGCUGGGCUGGGGCUGGAUUGGGUCGGGGACUGCAGAUGGUAGGAAGAAUAUUAGCAAAAAAAAGAGAAAUAUCUCUAUCUCAA